AUGUAUUCUUUACCAAGAUUAACUAGUAAAAGCAUUAAAACAGAAAAUAAUACAACAAUACAAAAUGAAAAUAAGAAAAAGUUUCAUUUUAGUGAAAAUAUCAUGUAUAAAAUGAGCAAAUAAGCACUCUAAGAUUAUUUAAAAUCAGGAAUCAUAGAUUAAAGAAUAGUAUAAUUGAAUUUAGUGAAAAUGAGUAAAUUAAAGAAUAAGGAUCUUUCAAUAUUAAAUGAUUUCUAUUCAUAACCAUCUACAAGUAGGAUUGAAUAAGCAUAAUAAAUAUUAUCAAAAGUAUAAUAAAUUUUGUAAUCAAAAGAUUAAAACACAUUAAAUUCCUAAGAAUUCAUAUUUUAAUGAAAAAUCAGAAAAUAAAUUAAAUCAAAAUGAAUUAAACUUUAAUUAGAUUGAAGAAUAAUUGUAUUAUGAUAUAUAAAAAUUAAUAGGAAAUAAUGUUUAAAAACUAAAAUGAAUGCUUCAAAAUUAUUUAAUGGUACUUAUUUAGUUGAUCCUUCAAUCAAUGAUUUAAAAUAGAAAAGUCAAACUUCUAAACCAUAUCUUCAUAUGCUUUAAAAGAUGGAACCAUAAAAGAGAAUUGCUAAAAAAACCUAAUCUUUCAAAAGACAAUCUAGUAUAUUAAAUCCAUAAUAUUGCAAAUAAUCAUCUAUUUAAAGUAUGGAAAUAGAAGAUGUUACUGAUUAUAUGUCCUCAAGAUUAAUAGAAUCAAAAGCAAAUAUAGAAUAAUUAGUUGAAAGAUACAAAAUAAUAGAAUUGUUACCAGAACAAAAAUAAUUCUUUAAUUUUGUUUAGAAUUGUGAUAUCAAAAGUUUAUUAAUAUUAUUUUAAGAUAAAUCUUUCGAUCCAUCUCUAAUAAAUUCAUCUGAUGAAGUACUAUUAUAAUUAUAAUUAUCAUUUUUAGAAAGGAUUCUAUCCUAUUCAUAUAGCUAUAAAGAAAUAAAAUAUAUAAUUAUUGAAGCUCUUAUUAAAAUAUGGAGCAAAAGUAGAUGUGAAAACAAGAAAAGGAAAAACUAUUAAAGAAUUAAGUUAAAUUUAUGAAAAUUAAGAAAUAAUUGAUUUUUUAGAUAGGAAUCAUUAUUGUAAAUGA